AUGACUGACAAGAGCUAUAGCAUAUGUGGCGUUUUCACAAUAGCUCUCAAUGCUGCUGGUCAAUACGUGAAGGUAGAAGACGCGAUCAUCGAUGCACUGGCUCAGAUACCAGAGGCAGUCAGCGACACCAGACGAUACAUCAAGCUCUACGCCGAGACCAAAGACCACCGACUUGAAGAAAGGACGUUUGAUCUUUACCUAUCGAUUCUAAAGGCACUGAAUCACAUUAUGAGAUUUUUUGCAGAGCGAUCUGUCAAUAAAUUUGCUGGAUCUCUGUUCAAGCAACACUCAUACCAGAAGGAUCUCUUUUCGAGCAUAGACAACAUCAAGGCCCAGGUCUCGCGGGUCAAGGAGGAGUCUGAGCACUGCAUGCAGAGACGUGUAGCAGAUAUGCAAAAAUCUAUCGUCAACACGGACCAGAAUGCCACCAAAUCGUUGCAACUUCUUCAGGCGCUAUACAACCAACUUAUCUUGCAAGAGCCACGCUCUUCAUUUGAUCAAGGAGCACCCGCCUCGAAUAAUAAGAAGCAGUUGGACAGCCUUUUAACAGCAGUUCAAUUUGAUGGUGAUGCUGUUUCUAGGGACAUUCAGACAUGCCUACGCAGUGGUCAUGCCUCGGAUGAAGCGUUCCAAGCCAAGGCAGCAAAACUCAUUGAAAGCCCGCAGCUCAAGAAUUUCAUUGUCAGCAAUGCGAACCAGGGAGCGUUGCUUAUCAACGGGAAUGAAGACAUGUCUGCCACCGAGGGAAUAUCUCCCGUUAGCCUAGUGUCUGCAAGAAUAGCAGUUGCUUCCGAGAGUACGCCUCAGACACUAAGUCUCUCCUUUUUCUGCACGGAACAUCAUCCAUACGGUGGCCCUCCUCGCCCACCUGCGCCCGCAGUAAUGAUGGCCACUCUGACUGCCCAACUUCUCACCAAAAUGGUGGAAAGAUCUUUAAGCAUCGACCUGUCCUUUUGUGAUGACCUUGAGAUGGAGGAUAUUUCCGGGCUGAAUCUGAAAACCCUGUCUCUCAUAUUCUCGGAACUCGCGAAACAGAUACCCGAGGGUACGAUUUUGGUCUGCCUCAUUGAUGGCAUCGAUAUGUACGAGACGGGGGAUUUUCGGGAGGAUGUCGAUACGAUCAUAAGAAGGAUGGCGAGGCAGGUAUCGAAGCGAACCAAAAUGAUAUUCAAGUUGAUUGUAACUUGCAGCGGUCGGGCCAGGGCGAUUCAGACCCAUUUCGCGUCUGUCAUCAACAUGGAGGAGUCAGUCGAGCCGGAUGACUCAUCUCGAUGGAGAAUUGACAAUUCAGAUAUUUUGGAAGACUUACAGCACACGGGACCUUAA